AAUACAGUCCUCUUUCUCGUCGCUCUUCCGCCACCACCUCUGUCUCCGUUAUUAGGUUUUUGUGAGACUCUUCUUGAUUGAUUGAGAAUUUUUUCUCCUCCGAGAUUGUUUAUCUCUAAGCUUCAGAAUUUGAACAGCUUCUGGUGUUUUUACGUAGCUGUAUAAUACAAUGGUUCGCUCCAAGGCUCCUGCUAAGAAGCAACAAAAGAAAGGAAUUGAUUUCAAGAAAAUUAAGAGAAAGCUUGGGAGGAAAUUGCCUCCACCUAAGAAUGCAACUAACACUGAGGUUAAAUCCAAAGCAAUUAUACUUCCUGAGCAAAGUGUGGCAGCUGAGAAGAGUGGCUUUGCUACAAGUAAGAAAGGCUUGACCUUGAUGGAACUUUUGAACCAAACUCCACAUCACAAUGCCAAAGUUCGCAAAGAAGCAUUACAUGGUCUUAAAGACAUUUUCAAGAAUCAUCCAGCAGAGCUGCAGUCACUUAAAUAUCUUAUAGUACAGACACUUGCGGGACGCGUUAGUGAUACUGAUAAUCUAGUGAGAGAUACUUUUUAUCAAUUAUUUGAGACUGAGAUCUUUCCUGCUUGUAAAGAGGAUAACCAGGGCCCUAUGGUGUCACUUUUAAUGCCAAGCAUAUUUAUCGCUAUGGUUAAUUCAGCGAUUGAUGUUCGUUUGAUGGCUUUCAAAUUUUUCCACCUUGUUGUGGAGUAUUACCCGUCUACCUUUUCCUUGUAUGCUGAAAAGAUUCUCGAAAACUACAAGGAUAUCAUUCAGAAGAACCAUUUUUAUGUGCAAGAUAAAAGCAAGCUAAAGGUAGCUCUUUCUGGGUUGGCACAUUGCCUGUCGCUUUUGCCAUGUGAUGAGAGUGACAUCGAAUCACAAAAAAAGGGACCUUUACGGAAUGAACCGCUACUCGCCUAUGAGCAGGAUGCUGCAAAAGAAUGUGCUUAUUUUGCCCAUGUCUCCGAGAGAUUGAAGGAGAUUGUUGGAAUCUUAAUCAAUUGUUUCCAAGAUUUCAUUCCAUUGAUUCAUGCUCCGCGAGGAUUCGAUGCACCAUCAUUUAAUUGUAUCAACCAUAUACUUUGCAGCAUAGAUUAUGCAAUCAAGUUUUCCAUUCGUAGGCACACUCAAAGUCAUACUACAAGGCUACCUGCAUCUGAAGAAUUCACUCUGAUGAUAUUGGAUCAAGACAUUGCAUCGUUGUUAUCAAGAAAGUUACUUGGUUCUUUUCCCCUCAAUCCAGAAAACAAUCUUUCAGGAAAGGUUGAUGAAAGGUACUUUAUUCUCAACAGUGGACUGGCAAAAAUCUUCUUGACAGUAAGUGAAUGGAGCCACCUUCCUACUGAUGUUUCCAAUAGAUUUCUGGAAUUUAUUGAAAAUACACUACUAGGCAAGAUCUCCAGGAGCAUUGAGCUUAGUAAAGCUAUUCACAAUAAGACUUUACUUGCACUCUUGCCCUUUUUUUCAAAACUUAUAUCGAGGGUGGACAGUGAUUGGAGAUAUAGUCUUCUGCAGGCAUUUACUACUACCUUCAGCGAUUGCAAACCAGAGUCAACACUUAAAUUAGCCUGCAUUUCAAUUAUCAGAGACGUGGUUAUCCCUAAUGGAGAUAUCCAUUAUCCCAAUGCAAGUGAUCCAACGAUAAAUAACUACAAGAGUGCUUGGGUCAACAAACUUCCAUCACUGCUUAAUCAGUUGGGUGAUAAGCAUCCAGAAUCUACCCAGGUUGUUUUGCAACUUUUGCUCGACCUUAGGCGCGUUGGGUGUCUGAAUCUUUGCCCCACAUGUGAAGAAGAUAUCAUAAACUUCUUCAUCCCUUGUCACGGAGAAGGUGAUGGACAUGGUGGAUCUUUUGCAAGUCUCCCUAGGGAAACCCAAGAACUGGCUCUUUGUUUCCUUUACUUCUUCACCAUAGACAAAUUCAGCUCCCACAUGCUGAAAGCAAUAGUUUCAUGCUGUCUAAAUCCACAACUUGAACCAGCUGUGUUGUAUCGGAUAGUGGAAAUUCUUCACACUGCCUAUAGAGCUGGACAUAUUCAGAUUACAGAUCAUUUUAGCUUCCUAAUCACAUUAAUUGCACGUUUCAAAGUUGUCCCAGAGAAAUUGCAGUUAGUGAUGGAGUGCAAUGAGCGGGAGACAUAUUGUGGCACGUAUGAAGCGCUUACAAACCUUGUGUGCGCAUGUUUGUCAGAAAUGGGUGAUAGUUCUCUUGUUCUCCAGAUUCUAGAGAAAGUUUUACUCGAACAAAUAAUUGUGAAGCCUGCGUUGGACAAUGGGUGUGCCAUACUCAGGAUGAUCUGCGCGUUGGACUCCAAACCAACCAGACUCUCUGAAAGCAGUGUAACCAUUCUAAGUGAAUUCUUACCGGGAUACUUGAUCGACAUAGUCAAUUGUAUACCAGAAGAUAAGGAGAACUCUUACCUUUACAUAAAAACAUGUCUCUACUACUUAGUGCCUUGUUAUUUCUUGUUCGACCGAAGCUCCAAACUCACAGAACAUGUUCUGAAGAGAAUGCAAUCGAUUGUUAGUGAAAACACUAAAGCGCUCGAAUCGUUCCAAGACAGGGAGAACGGUCGAAACUCAUUGAAUUUGAUACAAUGCAUAGUAUCUGUGAUCCUGCUGAUGCACAACGAUGUCAAAGUUAGGAAGAUCAUAUUGCCAUCCAAGUCAGAGAUCGAUUUGAUUCUGCAAAACGUUAUCACUUUACAGUCCUCAGAGAGCACAAGCUUGACAGUAGAAGGAAAGCAUAUGAUGAAAAUUGCGGGAGAGCGACUUAGGAUUGCAUCCAAAAGCUUACUCGCAUAAUAAUAAGUUCCACACAAACUGUAACAUAAAAUUUUUAUGAAUUGUGCUCUCUUUUCACAAACCUAUGCUUAAAAAAAGAUACGUAACUUUGCUUUGCUCGUUUUGGUAAAGCAACAAUUUUUGAUGGCAAUAAUUAUGUAGAAUAUUAUUAUC